GCCUGGUGCUCAGGGAUUUCAGCUGAAAAGUAUGAGACGUUCUCGGCCCACGGAUCGUUCCUGGAAUGCUCUGCGUUCGCGUUCACGUUCGCGUUCGCCAUUCCGUUCGCAAUCCAUUUAUCGAUCCCGGCCCUCCCGUUCGGAUACCAUUUUCACAGACAGGCCGCGACUGCAGCGACGUUUCGGCCGGCCCGCCACCUCCUGGGACAUUCCACCCGAGGGUUAUAGCCACCUGACUCCGCAGCAGUACAAGGCCAUGCAGGCCAGCGGGCAGAUUGCCUCCAGGAUUCUUUCGGAUGGCAUACACGCGGGGGAGUCCGCCGCGAUUUCGAUGAUCACUCGACAAGCUCGCCGCCUGUAUGUGGGUAAUAUUCCAUUCGGAGUUACGGAGGAGGAGAUGAUGCAGUUCUUCAAUAAUCGGAUCAUGGCUCUGGGAUAUGAAGCAAAAAGCUCGCACUACAUGGACGGGAAGGCAGUGCUGACUUGCCAAACGAAUCUGGAGAAGAACUUUGCCUUUCUGGAGUUCCGAUCCAUUGACGAGGCCACCCAGGCCUUGAAUUUCGAUGGGAUGGUCUUCCGCGGACAGACCUUAAAGAUACGAAGGCCACACGACUACCAGCCAGUGCCCUCGAUUUCAUUCUCUGCGAUGGAGAACUACAGGUCAUUUAGGGUCCCGGCCACCACCAUAGCCAAUCCUCCAAACGUUACCAUUCCUGUGACCACUAUUGUCCCCGAUUCCCCCAAUAAGAUCUACGUAGGUGGCUUGCCCACCUGCCUGAAUCAGGACCAGGUCAAGGAACUGCUGCAGUCCUUUGGGGAACUGAAAGGACUGAAUCUGGUGAUGGAUGGCAACACGAGCCUGAACAAGGGAUUCGCCUUCUUCGAGUACUACGAUCCCUUGGUUACCGAUCACGCCAUAGCUGGAUUGCACGGCAUGCUGCUGGGGGAUCGCAGGCUGGUGGUCCAGCGUUCCAUUCCAGGCGGAAAGAACGCUUUCCCCGGCCACACAGCACCAAUAGUCCAGGUACCGGGAAUAUCCACACUACUAGACCCUGGUUCACCUACCGAAACUCUCUGUCUGCUGAACAUGGUGCGGCCGGAGGAGCUCCUGGACGACGAGGAGUUCGAGGACAUUCGCACGGACAUCAAGCAGGAGUGCGCCAAGUUCGGAGAGGUUCGCAGCAUCAAGAUCCCGCGUCCCAUCGGACCAUUUCCGAAGCGGGGCUGUGGCAAGGUCUUCGUCCAGUUCGAGUCCGUGGAGGAUUCGCAGAAGGCCCUUAAGGCGUUGAGUGGUCGCAAGUUCAGCGAUCGCAUCGUGAUGACCUCGUAUUACGAUCCCGAAAAGUACCUGGCGGAUGAUCUUCAAUAAAGUCGUAAUAAUAAACCAUAUUAACA